GACGACCAACAUAUCCUCAAUCAUUAAGUACUUUCAUCAAAUUUACAAUACGUUGUUUUUCUCGUGUGCAGGACGGAAGUAUCGAAUUCGAAGAGUUCAUCCGGGCUCUUUCUGUGACGUCACGAGGGAACUUGGACGAAAAACUAGUGUGGGCAUUCAAGCUUUACGAUGUCGACAAUGACGGUAGUAUCACUAGAGAAGAAAUGUACAACAUUGUCGACGCAAUUUAUCAAAUGUUGGGGAACAAGGACAAAGCGGAGGGAGAAGAGGAAACUCCGAAGGAGAAAGUUGAUAAGAUUUUUGAACAACUGGAUAAGAACAAUGACAACCAGCUAUCUAUUGAGGAGUUUAGAGAAGGAUCAAAGAAAGACCCGAAAAUUGUUCAGGCACUUUCACUUUACGCUCCGUAGCGCCAUCUAUCAAAGCACCGCGCAAACUAUUUCUAUGAAUAGAUCUUACACCAUUACGUCGCAUUCUCGUCAAAGUAAAUGUUAUUAUUAUUCACACUGAGAGCUUUGUUCUAAAUCCAUUAAAUAAUACUUGUCGUUCAGCUCUUAUUUCCGUAGUAUACUAGUUUAUUUUACUAGUUUAAAUAUAUAUUCUCCGCUACCUUUCAUCUUUUAUGGUCUUAAUUUGAAUAAUUACAGUAAUUCUUCUAACGACACGGUUGAUUUUAAUAUUGAAAUUCCAUUUCGAGAAAGUAGUUUCUCUUAAACUUAUUAAAUUCUUUUUGUGUAUUCUGACAUUUGAGGCCUAAAAUUCAUUACAAAAUUAAAUAAAAAGCUCAACUAUUAAUUUCCUAGUGGCAUCUAAAACGCCAUUUUUAAAAUUCCACCAUCUCAAUAAAAUACUACGUCACGAUUUACCAUCCGACUGUGAGUGACGUAUUACCCUAAAAUGUAAAGCAAAUACUGGAAAAUAAAGUUGUUAUAAAAAUAG